CCGGGCCCUUUCCGCCUUCCGCCUGCCGGUCCGUCUCGGCGUCCGCGGUCGUGCCGGUUCCCGGGCCAGGCCGCUCGCCCUCCUCGUCCACCCCGGCGGCGGCGGCCGUCCUCUCGCCGCUCCCCGGCCCCGCGUCUCGAGCCUCGCCGUGCGCCGCGCUCGGGCGGAGGCCGUCGCCUAGUCGGGAUGCCGCGGCCUGGGUCCGCGCCGCACGGGGGCUGCGGGCUGCUGGCCCUGCCGGCCCUGCCGCCGCUGCUGCUGCUGCUGCUGCUGGGCCCGGGGCCGGGCGGCGCCUCGGAGAUCACCUUCGAGCUGCCGGACAACGCCAAGCAGUGCUUCUACGAGGACAUCGUGCAGGGCACCAAGUGCACCCUGGAGUUCCAGGUGAUCACGGGCGGCCACUACGACGUGGACUGCCGGCUGGAGGACCCCGACGGCAAGGUCUUAUACAAAGAGAUGAAGAAGCAAUACGACAGCUUCACCUUCGUCGCCUCCAGAAACGGGACGUACAAAUUCUGUUUCAGCAAUGAGUUUUCGACCUUCACACAUAAAACUGUGUAUUUUGACUUCCAAGUUGGAGAAGACCCACCUCUGUUUCCCAAUGAGAACCGAGUCAGCGCCCUCACCCAGAUGGAGUCUGCCUGCGUGUCAAUCCACGAAGCCCUGAAGUCGGUCAUCGACUACCAGACUCACUUCCGCCUGAGAGAAGCCCAGGGCCGAAGCCGCGCGGAGGACCUGAAUACCAGAGUGGCCUACUGCCACAGUGUGGACCCCAGUCAAGGACCCCGUGGGGCCAGUUCCAAGAGACCCAAAGAUGUCGCCCGGUACAACACUGGUGGGCAUGGCUCAGCCAACAGGGAGCCAGCGGGAGAUCAGGAGGUGGCCGAGGGCAUGGGGGCGACGCCCGCCGAAGGAGUGGAGGAAGAGGAGGUGUUCCUCAAGUUUGUGAUCUUGCACGCAGAGGAGGACACGGCCGAAGCCCUGCGCGUGCAGAGCCUGCUGCAGGACGGCUUUGGUGUGAGACCCGGCAUGAUCUUUGCAGAGAUGCCGUGCGGCCGGCAGCACCUGCAGAACCUGGACGCCGCAGUCAAUGGCUCCGCCUGGACCAUCCUGCUGCUCACCGAGAACUUCCUGAGGGACACCUGGUGCAACUUCCAGUUCUACAUGUCGCUCAUGAACUCGGUGAACAGGCUGCACAAGUACAACUCCGUCAUCCCCCUGCGGCCCCUGAACAAUCCCCUGCCCCGCGAAAGAACACCGCUGGCCCUGCAGACCAUCAACGCCCUGGAGGAGGAGGGCCACGGCUUCCCCACACAGGUGGAGAGGAUCUUCCAGGAGUCUGUGUAUCAGACCCAGCAGCGGAUCUGGAGGGAGGCGAGGAGCACAGCACGGAGACAGAUGAUGGCCUGAGGUGGGACCUUGGCCAUGGCCAGCCUCCCGGGACAGGCCGGGUGGCAUGUCCAUAGAAACAGCCAUGUUGUGUGGAAACACGUGAGCCCAGGAGUGGUGCCCCCUGUAGGA